AUGAUUCGAAAUCAUUCUUAUCAAGCACAUCAUGGAUCUCCGUUUGCAAAUCCAAAUGAACAGCUCGGCAGACACUUUCUAUCAAAGAACAAUCUAUCCCUGCAAAAUUUGUCUUCUCUGGGCAGAUUGGUUGAUGAUCGAACAGGAUAUCAUGAGGAUAAGCGGGUUUCCGAUGAAGAAUUGAAUCGAAUCGGAAAGCAAAAGAAUGGCAAAGAGCUUCGCGAAUACUAUGAAAAGCUGAACGAAAUACUUGACGGAUGGCGUGAGGUCGAUGAAAUUCUCGAUAUGGAACGAAAUCAAAGCACAUCAACAGAUCGUGAACGACAAAGUAAAGCAGCACAACUUGGAGGUGUUUCUGAACGUGAUCGAAUGCGAUUAUUGCAGCAUGUCCCCGGCAGACAAGAACGUGAAGGGGAACGGGAGAAAGGUGUUCAAUUUGCAAUUAAUAUCAAUUUGGCGGUCAAUGUACUCUUAUUGGCAGGAAAGGCGAUCGCGGUCGUAAGUUCGAAUUCCGUCUCGCUUAUUGCUUCUUUGGUCGAUUCAGCGUUGGAUUUGCUAUCAACUGUGAUCAUCUUUGGUACAUCAAAAGCAAUCUCUUACCGAAGCUUUCAUACGUAUUUCAAAUACCCAGUCGGCAAGAAGCGUUUCGAGCCAUUGGGCGUUGUUAUUUUUGCCGUUUUGAUGAUCGCUUCUUUUUGUCAAGUGUUGGUAGAAUCAAUCGAACGUCUGUUUGCUGUCAUGCGUACAGGAACAGAAGCACCAGGCGAAUCAGCAGAAUUGCCUUUGAUUGGAAUUGCAUUUAUGGUUUUGACAAUUAUUAUCAAAGCUUUUAUGUGGUUUAUCUAUCGUAAAAGUCAUAGUUCCGGAGUUCGUGCAGUUGCGCAAGAUGCAGAGAAUGAUGUCGUUUUCAAUAUCGCAAGUUUAAUUUUCCCUGUCGUUGGCUCAAAACUAGGUUGGCCAGCAUUGGAUCCUAUUGGUGGUGUUUGUUUAUCGAUUUAUAUCAUUGCUGAAUGGUUGGAAACAUUAACGGAAACCGUUACAAAACUUUCAGGAGCCGUUGGAUCAUCACACGAUAUUUCAAGAGCUCUUUAUUUAAUUCUACGAUUCCGUAGCGUAAACAGUGUCAGUGCUUUGGAAGUUUAUCAUGCAGGUGAUGAUAUGAUUGUUGAAGCGGAUGUCGUCUUGCCUCACACAAUGGCACUCAAAGAAGCUCAUGAUGCGGGAGAAGUCAUCACCUAUGGCAUGGAACUCCUCAGCGGGAUUGAAAGAAGCUAUAUACAUCUUGACUACAACGCUCGGGGACAGGCAGGACAUGUAGCACAACGAGGUUGA